CCAGUCUUGAUUCCUCAUGUGGUUCAAUUUUUGUAGUCCACUCGAAAUGAGGACUUCCCUGAAUUCGUGCACAGAAACACCUGAGCACUAUUACAACAGCUGUCCCGAAGUUGUCAUGCGGGAUGCUCAAUAUUUUUCGCCUUUGAACGUUUCGGAUGAUCUGUUGGAUGAUACUUGGUCCGAAGACUCACCACUCGGCUUUGAAAACUUCAUGGAGAUCGAGCCGGACUACAGUUGGAUCGGGGAGGGAUGGGAGGACCAGUGCAUCGAUGUAGAAAUGGUGGAUCUAACCGGAUCAUUCGAAAACAUCUCGUGUAUGAGCGAUUUCGAAAUCUACGAAGCGACCGAAAAGCUUUGGAGUUUGAAACUUGAAGACAAUGCUGUCGCGUGGUUUCCGUCCGAUAUCUACAUGGUCGACGUACGGCAAGACGAUAGCGAUUAUAUCAUGUCCUUUUAAAAAAGAAAGCUCACAGAAUUGAAAAGAAUAAAUGCCACUCCCCAGCUUACCUCUUGUUACAAUAUGCAUAUUCAGCUCAACACUAUCCCCAAAUUGCAGUCAAUGUUUUCCAUGUUUGUUAUAAAUUGUAUUCAUCCUUUGGCUCAUUUAUCAAUCUGAAUUUUG